UAAGAAUCCAGAUUCUCCACCCUCCAUGACCUCCCCGAUUCCACCAUUGAUAUGGAUCGAUAAGGACCACUAGCAUGCUUCCUCGCAUCUCCACGACUCAUCUCCGCACCCCCAUUGUUAACCAGGUCCAUUCUUUCUUUUCUUCUUUCUUUCCCUUGAAAUCUCAUCAAUUCAUGCUUUGCUUUUUUCUUAGUGAUUCUCCAUUAUCUAGAAAUUCAUCCAACACAGUCCCUCUUGUGGGGAAAGAAGUUCUUUCUAAAUGUACCCAUCUGUUGAAUCAACGAAUUAAUAACUUUACAAUUACUAGUUUAUCUUUGAAUCAGUUACUUUUGAAUAUUUCCUAUGUAUCUCCUGGUAUUUGCCGCAAAUAUUUACGAGUUUCAAGUUGGAAACCUGAGUAUAUGCUUGAAAUAUUAAUGAAUUUUCAGUCAAGAUGUAGUAAAUCACCGAUUACUGUUGAGGUCGUUGAAUUUUUGUGGGAAAUUUUUUGGAGAAUCAGUAAUUUGAAUGCGGGGUUUAAGCAUUUACCUCGUUCAUAUGAGAUUCUGGCAAUUAUGCUAAUUAAUAUGGGUAUGUUCAGGGAGGUUGAUUCUUUGUUAUCUACCAUGAAAAUGCAAGGAAUUAUGAUAAAAAAUGAUGAUAUUUUCAAUGGUUUGAUUGAGGGUUAUGUUAAUCUUGGUGAAUCGGAAAGGGCUCUUUUGAUAUAUGAUAUAAUGAGGGGGCUAUCUUUAGCUCCAUCAUUGUCAUGUUAUCAUUCCCUAAUAGGUAUUUUGAUAAAGGGAUUUGAAGUUGAUCGAGUGAUUCGUAUUUUUGAGGAUGUGAUUGAGGUGGGUUUUGAAUUUAGUGUAGUUGAAGCUAAGCAUUUAGACAGUGUAAUUGGGUUUUUGUGUGAAGAUGGGAUGGUUAGGAUUGCGAGGAAGCUUCUUCAGAGAAUUGUGGCUACUGGAUGGAAACCUAGUACAUUGAUAUUGACACAGAUUGCGGAUGUAUACUACCAGAAAAUGGAUUUUGACGAUAUACUUAGUUUCUAUAGUGAGAUGAAAUCUGUACCAGAUGUAUCGGUUGGCAAUAAGAUUAUCUAUUCCUUGUGCAGCAAUUUCGGUAUAGAAAGGGCGAUAUCAUUCUUGUUGGAGUUGGAGAAUAUAGGCUUUAUUCCCAACGAGAUAACCUUUGGGAAUUUUAUCAGUCAAAGUUGCGUAGAUGGAAAUAUAAGGGAGGCUUUUUUUUAUCUGUCUGAAAUUUUGUCCAGGGGUCUUAAACCUGAUGGGCACUCUUAUAAUGCACUGAUUAGUGGUUUGUUCAAGGCAGGUAUGCCAGAACAUGCCCAAGAUAUUUUUAAUGAAAUGAUUGAUAAUGGUGUGAAACCCAGUUUUGCAACUUUUAGAGCUCUUAUAGCUGGUUAUUCUAAAGCUAGGCUGUUCAAUGAGGUUGAACUUAUGAUGACUGAGAUGGUUAAAUAUGGAUUGAUUUCUCUCGCUCCUUCAGAGAAUUCAUUAUCCAAAGCUUUUACUGUUUUGGGGCUCAAUCCAAUGACGGUAAAGGUGAAAAGGGACAAUGAUAUUAGAAAUUUUAGAACAGAAUUUUUUGAUGCCUUGGGAAAUGGUCUUUAUCUAGAUACGGACAUAGAUGAGUUUGAGAAGGUGGUGAUGCGUGUUCUUCAAGAAUCUUUGAGUCCAGACUUUAACGUGCUAUUGAUGAGGCAAUGUGAUAGUAAAAAUGUUCAAGAGGCAUUGUUAAUGGUGGAUGAAAUAUUUCUGUGGGGACAAGAGUUAUCACUUUCUGUUCUUUCUGCAUUGGUAAAAUUGCUUUGUGAAUCAAAUUCUAUUAAGGAAAUGUUAGCUCUAUUGAAUAAAGGAUAUCAAUGUUUUUGGAAACUGGAUCAUGAAACCCUCAAUUUUGCAGCUGUGACCUUGAGCAAAAAUGGGUCUGUAGAUCAUUGCAGUUUACUCCGCAAAAUGUACAGAAAGCGGAUUACAAUCUUCAGUGCUACUCAUAGUGCCUUCGUUAUGGCUGUAUGCAAGCAUAGGUGCAUGAGUGACAUCCGCUGUUGCUGGAGUCUUGCACGGAACGAUAAUUGGUCACCUGAUUGGGAUGAUUUUAUUGUGAUUUUGGAAAGUUUGUGCCACAAAAGAAUGCUCAAGGAGUUACUUGAGCUUUUUGACAUAAUGCUGGCAGCAAACCCUGAUUUAGGAAUUCAAAUUUGUGAUGUGCUUCUUGAAAACCUUUCUUCAGCUGGCCUCACUGGCGUGGGACAAAUCUUGGUUGAUGAAUUGAAACAGAAGGAUUUUGAUUUGGGUCACACUGUCUAUCGUCAUCUUGUCAAAGGCUAUCAUCGGGAGAAAAAGUUUUUGGAAGCCUUAAUGAUGUUUGAUAGAGUUCGAGCUGAUAACUUGGCCUUGUCUUCAGAUGCUCUUGUACUGUUAAUACCUAAGCUUUGCAAGACUAACAGAUUCAAAGAAGCAGUUGCUUUAAAAGAUGCAGGUUUUAGAGAUAACCCUUUAACAUUAUAUUCCCUUCAGAAUGCUCUUAUAAUGGGUUGCUGUAGUGCUGGAUUGAUUGCUGAAGCAGAUGGUUUAUUUUUUGAAUUAAUCUUAGAUAACUUUCACCCAAAUGAUGAGGUUAUUAAUGCUUUGCUUCAAGGUCAUUGCCGAAGUAGUGAUAUGAAGACAGCCAAAGAGCUAUUUUGUUUCAUGAUGAAGAGGAAUAUCAGUCUCUCAGUUUCCAGCUACAGGGAUCUGUUAUCUCUGUUCUGCAAUAGAGGAUUGUUUCACUAUGCAUGGGGGUUGGAGAGUAUCAUGCUUUCUGAAAAUACCAUCCCAUAUUCGAUAAUACGUAACAUAUUUAUUUUUUGUCUCUUUCGAAUAGGAAAACCGUGUCUGGUUGACACACUUUUGGGUGAACGCCAAAAAGGUAUGCAUCAACUUGAUAAAGUUGGCUACAAUUUUCUGAUACAUGGGUUUUCAGUUUCAAAAGACAUGCCAAGAUCAAUGAAAUUCUUGAAGGACAUGAUUAGUAAAGGGCUUAGACCGAGCAAUCGUAGCCUCAGAGCAGUAAUUCAAAACUUAUGUAGAAACGGACAGGUUAAGAAUGCUUUGCAAUUGAGUAAACAUAUUGAGUCAAGAGGUUGGAUUCUUUGUGCUACUGUACAUUAUGCAAUUGUGGAGGGCUUCAUUGCUGAUGGUAGAAUUCAUCAAGCUGAAAGAUAUCUAGCUCAAAUCAUGGGUAAUGGUGCGACAUCUGAAAUGAUCUAUUUUGACCAUUUAAUAAGAAAGUUCUGCCAUUAUGGAAGACUGGAAACAGCAGUGAAUCUCCUGGAUCAAAUUUUGGAGAAGAAAAGCAUACCUGAAGCAUCCUCUUAUGAUUGUAUUGUCCAAAGUUUUUGCGGCUUCGACAACUUAGAAUGUGCAAUGGAUUUCCUCAAUGAGAUGUUGAUUAGGAAUCUCAAACCAAGCAUAGGAACAUGGGACGCAAUAAUUCAGAUGUUUUGUGAUAAGGGACAAACUGUGGAAGCAGAAGGUGUUCUGAACUUGAUGAUUAAUGUUGGUGAGAAUCCUACUAAGUCUAUUUACUCUUCAGUGAUUGAUCGAUAUCGGUUGGAGCAGAACUUUAGUAAGGCAUCAGAAUUUUUGAGCAGAAUGCAACAUGAUGGUUAUGAACCUGAUUUUGUGACUCAGUGGUCAGUCAUAAGCGGCAUAAGCAACUCCAAUGAAAUGAAAAGUAAUAAGACUGAAGGUUUUCUAUCAAAGCUGCUUGUUGACAGUGGAUUUCCUUCAGCUGGCGACAUAUCCUAACUCAAUGUAUUGUGCUUUUGGUGGCAUUUCUGUUACCUCCUGCCUGUUUCUUGCUUCAAAUGGCGGGUUGUAUUGUGCUGACAAGUUAUCAGUUCCAAUUUCUUGUGAUUAUGGAUGCAAUUUGGAGAAGUCUUGAGCACGGAUACCUUAUUUUUUGAGUCCUUAAUCACUAGAACUUGCCAAAAGAGUAUGUCUGAUGUCAUGCAAGAGCCACAUGCGCUCGAAGUUUGGGAAUAUCUUGUGAAAGUUUUUUGAAGGAUUGCAGAUGUGAAAAUGUUCUGAACUAUGCAAAGUUGGAUAACACUCUCAUGUGAGGUUUGUGGGGAAUACAAAUAUCUUGGUAAUAGCAAAUAAUCUAUAUCCAAGUUCUCACAGACCACAUGUUUUCUUAUGAAUAUUAAAUCAUCAGACUCGAUUGAUGUUCUGAAGAUAUCAAUGAGUUCCUAGCUGAAGUUGAUUCCACUUAAGAUCUACUUCUGUGCAGUUGGGAUCUAAGACUGACGUUGAUUAUUGAUGAGAGUAUAAGCUUGACUUGGGAUUGUGAUUGGGGAAAAAACAUAGCAUAAUAUUCUGCCUUCUGCAGAGAGCACAAGUUUGCGUACGCUUUGAAUGGGCUUCAUGGGAAUUUGAUUGCCAUCCGCAGGGACAGUUACUUCACCAACUUUCUACCAAUAGCCGAAUAAACAGUGGCAACGAGGGUAACCAUAGGGCUUCAUCUACCGACAACGAAAGAUCCUUACAGGUCGCGUCUCGUGAGUUUCUGAAGGAAAAACUACUGUUUUGGAAAACAGGUAGGUCGUGGGCCGCGACCUAGUACGCGAGCUGCGACUUGUGCAGUUUUUUGUGGGUUUUCAGUUUUCCCACGUUCUUUUGACGGUUACUUAGUUUUUUGGCCGGUUUCUUUGUAAUUGUUAACCUAAUUUCUUUUUAUUAAGUGGCAUACUAUAUAAACCCCUUUUUUAAUUAUAUUUGGGGAUGAUGCAUGAAACACAAAGUGAGGAAAACUAAGAGAGAAAAAGCUUGGUGAGCCAUUGUUGUGGCUUCUCGUUCAUCUUGUAAUCUCCCGGUUUAUAGUGAAAAGUUUAUUCUCGGUGCCGGUGGAUGUAGCUAUCACAUUGAUCGUGAACCACGUUAAUUUCUCGGUGUGAUUUCUUUAUUGUUUGUUUGAAUCUUUAUUGCUUUCCGUUAUUGUUUUCGAUCUUUGCUUCCGCUGUUGCACAACAAAAAGUAUGUAUUUUUUUUAAGCUCAAUAAUUAGUCAUAUUCGAGAAUGAUGUGGAAUAAACACAAUAACAAAUUUUCCAACUAUAAUUUAAGAAGGAAGUCCAUGAGUGCUAGAUAUCAUCCAUGUCGCACGAGAAAUAAAAGCAAAAUAAAACAAAAAGCCAAACCGGCUUUUUAGUGAAGAGAAGUCUAAAGAAUGGGUGAUCAUCUAUGUUAGAGAGUAGGAUUCGUUAAUAUUUAAAGAGAACAGAGAGAAAGUAGAAUGAGUUAAUAAGUAAGAGAGAUAAAGUAAUUAAUUAGGCGGAAUGAGAAGAGUGAGACCAUUAAGUAAUGAAGGAUAAAAUGGAAAUAGUGACAGGUCAGCUAUAAGAGAUUUCAAAGUGGACGGUAAAACAAGGAUGAAAAUUGAAAGGUAGAUAAACGAAAAACAAGGGAGGUAUAUGUUAGUAUUUACUAGGUUUAUUAUUUUCCUCUUAAGUGGUGCCUACUAUUUGCUGUGAUUAGGGAUGGUCAUGGGUUCAGGACCCUAUAGAAUCCGCUCCGGAUCCGCCCCUUUUAUAAGGGUCUGGGUCUUAAUUUUUGAGACCCGUCGGAUCCGUGUCCGAGUCUGGAUCCAAAAAUUUUUUUACGGGUCCGGGUCUGGGUCUGGGUCCUAAGGUGAAGACCCGGACCCGGACCAUAAACUUUUAAAUUUUAAAUUUUAUAUUUUUGAAUUCUGAAUUUCUGAUAUUAUGAAUGGAUGGCGUGGGGCGUGAGCCAUUCUCAUUCUCAAAUCCAGUACAUUAGCCAUUCUCAAAUUCGAAAACCCUAGUUUCUCUUCUCCAGUUCUCCUCUAACCUCGUCGGCUCGUCCUCUACCUCUAGUCCUCCCUCCUCCGCCUCUGCGACAUCACCAUCGCCAUAGCCAUCGCCAGCCGUCUACUGCACUUGAGUGGAGACUCCAGAUAUCUGGGAAAAACUUCUGAGCUUGAACUGGUUUAUGGCACACUGUACAUGUUAAGGCAUUUCAUGUCGUGUUCAUGUUUGGUAAAGGCUUGUAUGUUUGCUAACAAGCUCUUGAUGACGCUUUCUAGUUUUGAUGGCAAUCGUGUAUGAUAAAGAACAAAUGAUGGUAUUCUAGAGCUAGAGCUAUCAAAUUAGGGCAUGGGUUAGGUCAUAUGAAUUUGUGUUUGUGAUUGAUUAUUCAUCUUUAUGAAUUUAAUUCAGCUUCAUGUUUGGUGGUUUAAUGUUUUGACCGCUCAUAAGGAACUUGCUGGUGUAAUAGGAGUUCUUAGUUGACAGCUUGUAGUUCUUUAAUUGCAUCAGUCCACGAGUUAGUUAGUAAAGUUGUUUUUGUUGUUAUUUGGUUUUGGCGGGAAAGUUAAUAACUAACUUUUAUAAAAAUCUUUGCCUUGUCUUGUAAUAAACAAUACACAUUUUUGAUUUCUCUCUCUUUUGUUGUCUUUCCUCCUAUUCUGUCUCCUCUCUUUAUCUCUGCCCAUCUUCCCUUCACUUCCUAUAUUGCUGCUGUGACAUCAAUGGAGACUCAAACUGAUCACUGUUUCAUUGUGACAAACCCACAGUUGCAUUGGUAUCAAAGCUGGAGUUAGAGUGGGUGGCCUGAAAAGUGGGUGGCUUGAGGAGUGGGGGGUCUGGAAGAGUUAGCCAUGACCCAAUGUAACCGUGAUCUAAUGCGGCCGUGACCAAAUGAGGACGUUGGCCUUAUGGGGAGUCGAUUGUUAUGGUCCAUUGCAACGUAUGGGGCUUGUCCCACAUUAGUUGUAAAGUGCAAUUGGUGUGGGGUUUAUAGGCAAAUGGGCCCUCUUACCUAAUAGGCUAAUAAACACGUGAAUCGGAUAAUGAUAUUUUUACGAAGGAGUUUCAAGUUGUGAACCUGUUGACAAGGGUGGAUCGACUUACCAUUACUUGUGUUGACACGAUCAUAAAGUAAGGUAAAUUUUUAGGAAAUAAGAGAUGAAUUUUAUUUGAUGGGAACAAUAAUGUGUGGUUUGUGUAUAUCUUACUAGUAAAGGAAGUUAUGGUGACCUAUGUUGGCUAGCUUAUAUACAAAUUGAACAUCGACUUCAGCAUUAGGUUGAUUUAGCCCAAUACACCUUGGCUCACUAUGUACUAUAAACUAGCUAAGUAAUUUUUUUUGGCAUACUAGUGAUAUGUCAGAUCCGAAUUUUAUUUUAUUAAUCUCACCUAUUCAAUUUAAAUGUCUCAAUUCUUAUCAAGGAAUUAAUUCAACCAAAAGCUGAUGGUUAAAGUCUUUUAAUAUGUUAUAUAGUCUAACACGCCCCCUCACAUGAAAGCCCUUUGGGCUAGAAGUGUGGAUGCGACACAAUUCUCUACAGACAUAGUGUUAAACUAUUCCACCUUAAAUGAGGGGUGGUUGAGAUUCGAAUCCAUGACCUCUUGUCACAUUAACAUUUUGGGUUGUUUUAUUUGUUAUUCUCAUAAAAAAAUUAUUCUCUUUAUAUCACAAAUUUUGAACAAAAUUAAGCUUGUUAUCCUCAUUUUAAUAUGUUAAUAAUGUUUAUGAUUCCACAUAUCUUCUACUAACUUUAUUUUAACGAUCAAU